GUCAUUUGCUCCUGAGAGAUUCAGUCGUUCUGCAGAGCUUCUGUUUAGUAACUUUUUUAGUAAAGUUAACAUUUGUUUACUGAACAUCAACAUGUAGCUGAGAUCAGCAAACCUGAAUGUAGAAUCUGAUGAAUCGCAGCAUCUGAACACCUGAGCGCGUGUGUUAAUAGACUGCAGCCUCACAGCUCUCAAGAUGACAUCAGCCACACCCCCUUCUUCUCAUUGCCCCGCCUCUCAGAAGGUGUGCCACUCCCAGACGCAGACAGAUGUCCUGAAGCCUCUACUCGGUGCGUUGGGGCACGGGAGUCAGCUGGCUCGCCGGAGACGGGUGUUAUCCAAGGAUGGGCGGAGCAAUGUCCGCAUCGAGCAUGUGAGUGGGCGUGGCGCUCUGUACCUGCGUGACCCCUGGACCACCUUUGUGGACAUGCAGUGGAGGUAUAAACUGGUUCUGUUCAGCGCCACAUUUGUGGGAACCUGGUUCACCUUCGGACUGCUGUGGUACCUGCUGGCUUUGGUGCAUGGAGACCUGCUCGAGUUUGAUCCUCCAGCAAACCACAGUGUGUGUGUGAUGCAGAUGCAAACACUGACCGCAGCCUUUCUCUUCUCGCUGGAGACUCAGACCACCAUCGGAUACGGAUACCGCUGCAUCACAGAAGAGUGUCCGUCUGCCAUCGUCCUGCUCAUCAUCCAGCUCCUCAUCACCACCGCCAUGGAGAUCUUCAUCACCGGAACAUUCCUCGCCAAGGUGGCUCGGCCGAAAAAGCGUGGGGAGACGAUUCGGUUCAGUCAGCAUGCUGUAAUAGCCAAUCACGACGGGCGACCGUGUCUCAUGAUACGAAUCGCCAACAUGCGCAAGAGUCUGUUGCUGGGCUGCCAGGUGACCGGGAAGCUUUUACAGCCGUGUGUCCCAAAGGAGGGCGAGACGGUGCGUUUAGACCAGAAAAACGUGACCUUUAGUGUGGACACGGCCACCGAGAGCCCCUUCCUCAUCCUCCCGCUCACCUUCUACCACAUCAUCGACGAGCAGAGCCCGCUGCACGGAUGGGCAAAAAAAGGCGGAGGCUGGACGGAACCGGAUCACGCUGAUUUCGAGCUGCUGGUAAUGAUGAGCUCCACCGUGGAACCCACAUCGGCCACCUGUCAGGUGCGAACCUCAUACCUGCCCGAUGAGAUCCUGUGGGGCUACGAGUUCCCGCCCAUCGUGUCUCUCUCUCCGAUGGGCAAAUACGUGGCGGAUCUCGCGUACUUCGACAAGGUGGUGAAAACCAAGACCCCGCCCCUUUUCAAUCAGACCCCGCCCAGCGGUACUGACUGUUGCCAUAAAGACGUGAGCGGCACGGACCCGGAGAAGAUGCGUCUGGAGCAGAGCUACCGAGCGGAUGAGAGACAGACGGACGGCGGGCCCGUUAGCGUGCGCAUCAGUAACGUCUGACACACCCGGAUUGUACACUGAAAAAAAUAAACAAAAAUGUCCUUAAAAUCAUGCAUUGAAACCAUUAAUGCUGCAUGAACAGCAUCAGCCCAAUAAUAUGCAAGAAAUAUUAACAGCAUAAGCUGAAUAAGAAAAUGUAUAUUUUGUGUAGGUCUAUACUAGCAUACAGUACAUGUUUAAUAUUUUUUAAAUAAUGUGCUUUUUGGAUUAUAAAAUGCAUUUUAUAAGUUUAUAAAAGCUCACAUUAUUUGAAAUACUAUUCCAGGACUACUUGGAAUAUUGACAUAAAAACACCUAAAUGCAUAAAAAAGCAGGGUUAUCAUUGACAUACCUGGCAUAAAAAUAAACAAAAAUGUCCUUAAAAUUAAGUGUAGAAAUUAUUAUUAUUGCACUAUUGAGCAUAGCAUACGCUGAAUAGGAAAACUGCUAAUUUUGUGUAUAUUCACAGUAAAUACGGUUGGAAAGGAGAAAUGAUGUGAUUUUUAUACUUUAAAAAGCAAUUUUCUAAUUAUUAUAUUAUUAUUUUUAUGAGUUUUAAAAAUCUCAUAUUAUUUGAAAGACUACAUAUUUGUAUGCAUAAAACACCUAAAUCCAUAAAAACAGCUGAAGACAGCAUUAAAAAUAAGCAUUGAAACAAUAUGCAAAACAACACAGAAUAGGCUGAACAGAAAAAUGUAUCAUUUUGUGUAUAUUUGUUAGUACAUACAUUUGCAAAAUAUUUUAUGAAUACUUUAUUUUAGCUCUAACGAGCUCAUAUUAUUUGAAAGAUGGAAUAUUUGUAUUAAAUCUUAAAUGUUCACGCUACAAAGGCAUUUAAAACAAACUAGGUAAGACAAGGGAUUUAAAUUUUAAAGUGAUUUCUACGUUCAUACACAUUUGAACCUAAAAUUUUAAUUAUGCAUCAAAUACGCAAAUGCAUAAAAAGAGCAAAAUUAUUAUUUACCUACUUAGCAUUUUAAAAAAUGAUCAACAAUGUCCUUAAAAUCAAGCACUGAAAUCAUCAAUACUGUAUGAACAGUAUGAGCUCAGUAUAUGCAAAAUUAUUAACACAGGAAAACUGAUCAUUUUGUGUAUAGUUCACAUUAAAUACUUUCAGAAAUUUAAAAUGAUGUGCUUUUAUAUUUUAUAUGUUUUUUAUGUUUUAAAUAUCAAUUUGCUUACAUGAGCUUUUAUGAGCUCAAAUUAUUUGAAAAAUUGAAUAUUUGUAUUAAAAUGUACAUUUUUACACUACAAAGGCCAUUUAAAACAAACUAGUGAACGCAAGUGUUAAAAAUGGUGAAGUAAAGACCUUUCCUUCUACAUUCAUACACAUUUGAACCUAAAAUCGUGAUAUUCUUUGACACGUUAUGCAUCAAACACCCAAAUGCAUUAAAACACAGAAAAAAUACUGGGGACUUUUAACAGUUCACAGCAGAAUAUUUAUGUGGCUGUAAUUAUAUGCAUAAUUAUAUGAUUUAUUGUUCGCAUUCAACAUGUUUUUUCUCUGCUCUCGGUGUUCAGAACAAACCUGUGAUGAUUUCAUGCUCGUGCUAUAUGAAUGUGUUCCUGUGAUUCAUCACAUUUUCUGCUUUGGUGACUCUGAUUGAAUGUCACUAUAAUGAUUUUGCACUUCGGGGUGAUUAGGAGAGUUUAUUAUCCUAACGAAUCUGACAGCACUUUAGUACUGUACUCCUCUCUCUUUAUACAGAGACAGAGAAGUGGCUCAGAAAAGUGAAAGAAGUUCUGAGAAAAUUUGCAGCGUUUGUUUGAUCAGAUGCUUUGAUUUGAUAUUUUGUAUCUAAUUUCAAGAUAAAUAUGAAUACGUGUUUGUCCAGUGGCUGAACUACUGAAAUAAUCCACUGGAUAUACAGAGAUGCAUCAUUUUCCACAUUGACGGUCAAUCUGAUGCUGAUAAAUGACUGUUAUAAUGCGUUUUAUUUGCACAUCAUGUAUUUUGUCUGUUAUUACUGGAGUGUCAGCUGUAACAGCGUAGAAACUAUUUUCACUCAGAAAUUGCUAGUAAAUUUCACAAAUAAUUACAUAGAAAUGGCAAGUAAUAUAUUGAAUUAAAUGUAAAAUUUUGAAGUAAAAAGACUUAAUAUUUCCUGUAAAGCAUGCUACAAUAAUCUUGUUUUAUUUACAGUUUUAAAGAAUAAUUUUUUUACAGUAUAUGAAUGAUUGUAACUCGUAACAUGCUGCUUCAACAGUCUGUUUAAUGUGUCUGAAAUGUGCAUAUAUGUGUGCAUAUUAAAGUACUAUUUUACAGCAUUAAA